AUGUCGACGCCAACUACUGCCACGGCUACCCUCCCCCCCCAUUACCGGCAUCCUCACCAGCAUUCUCAUUAUCCACCGUUCCUGCAAAGCAACGGUGUCGGCCACAGCAGCGCUUAUCGACCACCCGCCGUCCCUGUAUCCGUACCGUCUGCCGCCCCAGCAAACCCUAUCCUCCCCACCCCCAGUGCCUCGACCUCUGCGCCUGCUCCAGGUCCUGCGCCGGCCUCGACAGCGUCAAAUCGACACGCUCCUGCCUCAGCCUACAACAACUCUGCUGCACAACCACAGCCACAAGCACAUUACUCGACUUCAGCCCAUGCUGGAUUGCCGCAACCAUACAGGACAUCAACGGCAAAUGGAGCACCUGCCCUGUCCGUGACUUCAGCCUCCAGACAGACGCAGGAUUACACCAGGACAGUCUCGGCCUCGACGCCCCGGUCUGACGCAAACCACUACACCAACAUGCCCGCUUCCACCGCGUCCACGUCACAGAGUAACCACAAUGCGGGCCCCGCGAGGAAACGAAGAAGGUCCAAGGAGCCCGACUGGGAUACUUUUUACAAGAACGGCCUGCCGAAAGAGAUCAUCGUGAUUGACGAUACUCCCGAGCCAGAGUCGGAUGCGAAGGAGCCUGCAUCCAAUCACUCGGCCGGCAGGACUUACACCAACGGCACAGCCAAUGGCUCCGAGCCUUCCCGACACAUUACCAAGAAGCGGAGGAAAGAAUCUGAUGUCUAUGUGCAGAGCCACGGAGGCACCUCCAUCAAUGGGUCACACAUCGCCACGCCCACUAGUGCCUCGACGUCGACGGACCGAACUACAUCGCAAUCGCACACCGUCACUACUGCACCCACUUCCCUAGGAUCAUUGUCGUCGAAUGGCCACUACGACUAUGAAGUCCCUGCGACUGGGCAGAAGAGGAAGCGAACUCGACAGCAGAUUGCGCAGGAGGCGAAACGUCGGGAAGUCGAAAUCUACAAUGAAAACUACACAAGCUACAGACCGCCGUCCAAGCCGAUCAAGAAGUGCGGCGAUGUACCCGUCCGAGUUGUCAGCGACCGACUCCAGAACGUAAAAGUCGAUGAUGACGAUGGACACUACAUUGUUGUCCCCGAUGCUGAGCUCACUUCGCAAUAUCAAAUGGUCAAGCUUCUCGGCCAGGGUACAUUUGGCAAAGUGGUCCAAGCCAAGGAUCGCAAGCGAAACAAGCUCGUCGCCAUCAAGAUCAUUCGGUCCGUGCAAAAAUACCGUGAUGCGUCGAGGAUCGAACUGCGCGUCUUGCAGACCCUCCAAGCCAACGACCGCGAGAACCGCAACCGAUGCAUCCACCUACGUGAUUGCUUCGACUACCGUGGGCACAUCUGCAUCGUCAUGGAUCUGCUGGGAUCAAGCGUCUUCGAUUUCUUAAAACUGAACAACUUUGUCCCCUUUCCCAACAGUCAAAUCCAAAGCUUUGCUCGCCAGCUCUUUACGAGCGUAGCUUUUCUUCAUGAUCUCAAUCUCAUCCACACAGAUCUAAAGCCGGAGAACAUCCUCUUGUGUGACAAUGCGUAUCAGACCUUUACCUACAACCGCCGGAUACCUUCCUCGUCGGCUGGAAUUAACAGACAGGCUACGCAGCGCAAGGUCCUCUUGGAUACUGAGAUCAGACUCAUUGAUUUCGGAUCAGCCACUUUCGAAGAUGAGUAUCACUCCUCGGUCGUCAGCACUCGCCACUAUCGUGCCCCUGAAAUCAUACUCGGUCUUGGCUGGUCGUUCCCUUGCGACAUUUGGAGUAUAGGAUGUAUCCUCGUCGAAUUCUUUACGGGCGAUGCUCUCUUCCAGACCCAUGAUAACCUUGAGCAUCUCGCCAUGAUGGAAAACGUGUGUGACUGCCGGAUCGACACCCAUUUGAUUCAGCAGGUCUCCAAGAUGUCCUCCAGGAGCGGUUCCAGUGGCAACCAAGCUGCCAAAUAUUUCAAGCGCUUCAAGCUCGAUUACCCCACCAGUGAUACCACCCGUGCUUCAAGACGUUUUGUUAAGAACAUGAAACGUCUAUCGGAUAUCAUCCCAGCAACUAGCAAUUUCCUAAAGUUGUUUUUGGAUCUCCUUGAGAAGAUCUUUGUGUAUGAUCCGAGCAAGCGCAUCACAGCAAGACAGGCACUCGAGCAUCCAUGGUUCCGGGAAAUUGCAAUCCCGGAUGAUGGUACCGAAGCCGCCAAGAUACGUGCUGAGCGGAUAAGGUCGGAACCUGAACAUGUCAACAACAGACUCCCACCCUUGCACGUGUAG